CCUAGUAGUUUACAUAACAUGUAUUAUUGUGAUUUUCGAGGAGAGUAAAUUUGCAGCUAAAGCGCAAACUGAAAACAGUGAUGGAUCCAUAAGCAAAUCAACAGGAGAUGAGAAUCCAAAUACAACUUUGGCAGAAAUUGAGAAUUCUCGUAUAACUGUAGCAAUAGACGCAGAUAUAAUUACGCCUAUUGUAGUCACACCUAAUAGCGUUUCAACAACUGAGACCACAACAAAGGAAACAUCUGCGAUUAGAGGGAAGAUUGAACACAAUAAUACUUCAGAAAAUGUUCAAGAAACCACUAAUACUGAUAUUAUUGAGGACAUUAACAAAGGGGCUAAUGAUGAAGUUGAAAGUAUUGAUACAUCUUCUCAAUGGCCUACUGAGGAUAAUCUCACAGUACCAUGUACAUCAGAGGAAUGGCAGCCAGAUGUACCAGAGUGUUUAUCUUCACAUAAUCUUACCUCAGGCAGAUAUACAUGUAACAACCGUUGUGGGAUCCAGGGGAUCUCAAGCAUUGAUGAUGAUAUUAGAGAAGAUAGUGUCUGCUCUUGUCAUCCAGUGUGUAUGAUAACGAAAAACUGUUGCGAAGACUUUGAAAUAGUAUGUCCACAUCUCCAUGAAGAAGGUGCAGAGAAUAUGCAACUACUGUUACAAACAGGACAUCCAAAGCAUCAUUGUACUCAUGUAUAUGGUGACUUAUACACACUAAAUUCUUUCUGGAUGGUUGAUUCCUGCCCUGAUGAUUACCCCUAUGACAACACCCGGUCGAAAUGUGAAAAUGAUGUGAAUGAGUUCACAGAAAUGGUGCCUGUUACAUCACAAUUAACUGGAGUUACUUACAAGAAUUACUUCUGUGCUAAGUGUAGCAAGGCGAACAAUUUAAAACAAUGGGACUUUGAAGUGGCAUGUUCAGAAAAUGUGACAAAGGCCUCCAUUGAUUCACCAAAGACACUUUUGGGAUACAUUGAAACGUUUGAAUGUGUGGUGAAAUACAGCGGGCAAUUUAACAGAUGUUUUCAUCUUAUAUCGAGUUGUGGUGACAAUGAGUUAGAAUGUGUUGGGAAAUACGUGGACAUGUGUGAAAAUGGACCACAGUCACCAGUCUUUAAUAGCAAGAUUUUCUUCAAUGUGUACAGAAACAUGUACUGUUAUAUAUGUCGGUCACCACUGGAAUAUGACAGUACAGAACUAAGUUGUGACAGUAUCUCACCCGAUAUCCGUGGAUGUUCAAAAAAGAGGAAAAAACGAAGUUUGGAUUGCCAAGGAAACCUUGCAAAAUUCUCAUUUGGGAUAUUGGUUGACUUUGUACCUACAGAUGGAUGUACAGAUGUCGGGUCUAAAUGUAACACUAUCUCAAGGAAGUUAGGGUGUAAUCUGAAUGACACAGAUGUGACAUGUAUUUCAUUUUGUUUAAAUGGAUACAUAUAUGUAGAUGGUUUGUGUGUGUCGGAAUCAAAUGAAACAGACUGCCCAAGGAAGCCAAGUAAUUCUUCAGCUGAAAACAUGCAUCAGAAUGAAACCAUUCCAAGGCUUUCUAAACCUGAUUCAGGACUCAUGAAAGAUGCUCCUAUUUUGAUAGGAAAUAUAACAUAUGUGUGUGUUAAUGAGACUGAACCUGAGACAAUUACACUUAGAAAGUUUGAUGACACAAUGGGAUUGGUGUCUAUCAUUUGUUCGGCUCUGUCACUUAUUUGUCUAUUCAUCAGACUCAUUCUACAGCCUUUCGUUCCAUUAUUUCAGAACUUCCCUGGCAAGUUGCAAUUUUCACUGGUUCUGUCACUUUUUCUUGCUAGUUUGUUCUUUUUGAUUGGGCCAAAUUGUACUCAUAUCAAAGAACUAUGCGUUACACUUGGGGUUUUGAUCCACUGGAGCUAUCUCGUUGCAUUCACAUGGACAGUUCUAAUAUCAAGAGAUAUGUUCUUUAUGUUUCGCCCAUCAAGCUUUGCCAAAUCAUCUGAUAGUUCUGGAUUGAGAUUCUUGGUAUAUUCACUUAUAGCAUGGGGUAUUCCAUUAGUUAUAAUAGCAAUAGCUCUGGGCUUAGAUUUCUCAGACAUCAACCCUGUAUUCAAGCCCAUGUAUGGCAAAGGCAGUGAUUUUUGCUGGAUAUCUCAAAGGUACCCUCUAAUUAUAUUCUUUUUAGCUCCUAUAGGCGUCACUUUGGUUACAAAUUUUGGAUUUUUCAUUCCAACUGCAAUUUCAUUGUGGAGAUCAAUGUCAGAAAGAGCCAAAACUAUGAACAAAGAAACUGAAUACCCAUUUGGUAUAUAUGUCAAAUUAUUUUGCCUUAUGGGUUUAACAUGGAUAUUUGCAUUCAUUGCGUCAUUUCACACAGUUCUUUGGUAUGUUUUUAUUGUGCUGAAUGCAAGUCAGGGAGUGUAUAUCUUUAUUGCAUUCGUGGUGAGAAGGCCCAUUUGGUUAAAUCUUUGGAAUAAAAAGGUUUUGGGCACCACUAAAACUACAUCCCAUUCAGAUUCAUGUGACACAACACUUACAAACACAAAUGACUCUAUACAUGUUGCCAUGGGCCAGCCUGACCUCAAAACAGAUCCAAUUAAGAGAAAUAAACAAGUGCAUAACAAAAAUGUAUCGAGUAAGAAUGAAGGAGUUGAGGCUGAGCCAGAUAAAGGAUCAAGUAACAAGCAUGUUAUUGAUAAUGUAAACAUUACAGUUGAAACUAACACAGAAAAUUAUGAAAAUGUAUAUUCAGGUACUCGAUUGUAAAUAGAAAGUAAUAUUACACAAAUCAUUUUUCUGUUGAAGUGAAUACUAGUCCAUCGCUCACAAGUGAUUUUCUAGCUUUGGACAGUUAUAUAAGUUACUCAAUGAUUCAAGUCAAACAUUUCAUGUGAAUUUUAAAUGUAAAUCAAAAUUAUAAGUUACUCUGAGUUUCAAGUCAAUAUUUACAUGAAAAAUGUAUGAAAAAUACACAGAAAAUGAUGGCUAAGAAAUCAUGUGUGUGCUUGUUGUGCAUUGUAACAUUGGAUUAUAUUUGUUGGUGCAUAAUACCUUGUAUUUACAUAGAACAGCUGUCUAUAUGUAAGUAUAUAUGUAUGUAAAUGACAUCACUUAAAAUAAGCCUCUAUUUUGACUCUAAUUCAUCUAUAUACACUGAAAAUAUAUAUUGUACAUUUUAAAACAAGCCAACAAUGUAUUGACUCAGGCUUGUUUCUCCUGCAUAUGUAUUGUGCUGCAUAUGUAUUGUGCUGCAUAUGUAUUGUGCUG